AUGCAUAGGUUUGGGUGCGUUUACUGGAUAAUCUUUUUGCUGCAUAGAGCAUCCUGCUACCAUGACUACUAUUACAAUUAUACCUUGGACCCGGUGUCAAGACAGUUGGAAGAGUUUCGGGCAGAGCAUCCGAGACCAAUAGGAUUACUGACAACUAGUUCCGGAGAACCUGUCGAGAUAAGAGACACGGUGACGUUAAAUACUGAAAUAUUUAACAGAAACUUCCAUACGGAGCUGACUUCGCAUGCUGACAGAGAAAGAAUACAAGAAAGGCUAGUGCAUGCAAAGGGAGUUGGUGCCUAUGGAUAUUUCGAAGUUACCAACGAUGUAUCUAAAUAUACAAAGGCCGAUGUUUUUAAUGGAAUUGGUAAGAAAACACCGCUGGUAGGCAGAUUUUCUACGUCCAUACAGAAUCUUGGUGGACCAGAAUUAAGCAGAACUUUGAAAGGAUUAGCUAUGAAAAUGUACACUAAAGAGGGAAAUCUAGAUUUCUUGUGUUUACAGCCCAGGGUCUACUUAUAUAAAGAUCCUGUCAUGUUUGUACCCAUUGUACGGUCUUUUAGGAGAAACCCUCGCACGAACUUGUUUGAUUUCAACAUGGUUUGGGAUUACGUAAGUAAUAGACCUCAAACCUUACAUGCUUUGUUAUGGUUGCAGUCAGAUGUUGGCAUACCGAACGGAUAUAGAAAGAUGAACGUAUUCCCAGCACAUACCUAUGAAAUAUAUAAUAAACACGGCGAUAGGUACUACGUGAAGUUUAACUUCAUAUCAGAGCAAGGUCAGGACAAUCUCACCAAUGCACAGGCUAUGGUCAUCAGUGCAAUGGAUCAGGAUUAUUACAGUAGAGACUUGUAUAAUGCCAUUGCUGAAAAAAAAUACCCGGCCUGGAGGUUAGAAAUGGAUGUCAUGUCAUUAAGUGAUAUUAAAAAUAUUGAUUAUGAUCCGUUCGAUAUAACGCGUCUGUGGAAAGAAGGAACAUAUCACACAAUCGUAGUUGGUCGCGUGGUCAUCAAUCGUCGCGUCGAAAAUAAUUUCAAAGAUAACGAGCAAGCCGCGUACAAUCCAGCUAAUUUAGUACCUGGUAUAUCGGGACCACAGGACUUUAUUUUUAAAGCUCGCAGAAUGUUCUAUCCAGACACACAAAAUUACCGAUUAGGUGUUAAUCACAACAAAAUUGAAGUCAACAUGCCCAGAUAUGAGAGAACUUACUACCGUGACGGUGUUCCACCACUGAGAGCCAACAUGAAGGAUGCGCCGAACUACUACCCUAACACAUUUAAUGGCCCAGUACCGUAUGUGGAGGAAUGUCGACCCAAGGAGUCGUUGUUGAUUCUGGAAAACCAAACUGAAGAUUUAGAGCCUUCGAAUUACUUUUACCAUAAUGUUUUAGAGAAUGACGCACAUAGACAGCGAGUGGCUGAUAAUAUCGCUUCUAGUCUUCAAAAUGUAGUGCCGUCUGUGUUGAAGAAAACCCUUAGGGUGCUGACUCUCACUUCAACUGACUUGGGCAGGCGUGUUAGAAGUUCAUUGAAAGCUUUAAGAGCAGCGGCGGCGAAAAUGGAUCCAGCUGAAAGAUACCGAAGACUUGCGCAAUGUUUCGAAAUGAAUAUGAACCCAAAAUAUUGAGGUAGAAAUUUCAUUAUGAAUUUCAGAUUAUGGUGUUAAGUACAUGUGUUUUAGCUCAGCUUUUCUUUUAUAUAUUAUUUACUUGUAUUUGAUUUAAACCCAACAAUAUAUGAAGUUUUUCAUAAUUCCUUGUCCGUAAUACUACUUAAUUCACUGAAUAAGUUCUAUUAGAUAUAUUUAAAUAUACACUUGCGCAAAUGAUUGUUUUAUUAAUUGUAGAGUUAUUUAGAAAAGAUAGUUUAGUCCCGCAUAUUGAUCUUGUAUAAUUGUAGUAAAUUAGUUUAACUAUUAUCUUUAUGUGGAUCUCUCUUAUGUUUAUUAUAUUAUUUAUCCCU